AUGUUUGACCAAUGGCGUCCGGAACAUUCUUCCAUCUUCCCCGAUGAUUUCUUCUCCCCUGGGAACUGCACCAGAUGUGACAAAGAACUCCAGGCGUUUCUUGCCGCGACAGUAGAUGUCCCGGUCUCCGGUCACCGGUCUGUGUUGUCGCCGGUCUGUGUUCAACUUAAACUCCAUAUAAUGUACUAAGGGAACUCAAGGUCGGCAGAAAAUGCAAUUGCUACUUGCUGUCACCUGCCUUGAAGCUCCAAAUUUUCGAUAUACCAACCGAAGUCUAAUGCGUUCGUUUUGCAAUUUGAAGUCCUCAAAACUUAUUUUCACCCGAAAAAGGGAACUUACGCAUGUAUAAUCUGCAACCGUACUCAAUGAUGAUGUGACAAUAUUGAAAAGAUAUUCUCACGUACGAAAUCAGCAGACGAUAUUAAUUGCCCGGAAAAUAUCCCCUCUUCUCCUACAUGGUAAUGUAUUCGGAACGUACAUCUUUUUGGAUACACACACAAUAAUUUCUUCUCCCAAACUGAUAAUUUUGGUGAUGUCAGUACCUACAAUUUCAUCAGUACAAGCUCCCGGGUUGGAGAUUUUACCUCAGACAUUCAUAGAAUGUUUAUUAAGUAUAUUUGACCCCACAAACGGAUCACGUGAUAGAUGCGCUGGACCAAGACGGGGCAUAUCGAAUCGUGGUAGGCGUUAUCGGAUUUGCGCACCAUAAUAAAUGUUAACAAUUCGGAGUGCAGUAGCAGACCAAAUUGCCGGCAGACGUCGAGCAGCCUAGAAUCCCUGCCCUCCCCCAUGGUUGUCGUUGGUUCCAAACCUCGUCAUUUGCUGUGUGGACCAGGGGUGUGGAGUGGAGUGCCUAGGUGCAGGCCCAACCGUGCCAUCCUCCUGCGUUCCCCCCGCCUCCGGUCUUCUUGACUCGGUCCUGACACCAGGUCCAGGUAGGGGAGGGUAAGAGAGAUCAGUAGAUGCUGUGCAAAUCUACUAUCACCAUAAAAUAAUUUACGCAGAAGUCACCGUUCCUGCUUAGCCUAGCCGUCAGCAAUGACUGUCAAAGUAUCAAGUAUAUGAUAAGCAUUACUGCGUGUACUGAAUCCUCAAACGAAAACAUCCGAUUUUCUUAACGCAAUAUCCGACAGAUGCGCAACUGACUCUUCAUUCGUUCUCGAAGGAAGGGCCACGUUGACUGAAUGAGGUGAAUGGGACCGGCAAAAUAUACUACAAAAUGAUUAUUAUCCUUGUUCUUGUCCAGUUGGUAGACAUUGACCACAGAAGCAACUCUUUGGAUAAUUGAGGGCUAUCAGUUGUAUGUAACUGGUUCAUCAGAUGUCUGUACAGCAGUGCAUAUCAACUACAAUGAAUGCGAUAAUAACCUACAUACGCAACGCGAUCCUGUGUGCGCCUAAGUAUUUCCUCCAAACGCCCUAUUUGAUGAAACCCACAAUUAAUCUAAUGGGGGCUGGCAGGCGACCUGUCCCUAGAAUUUGAAAACUCGGAUUUCUCGCACAUCCACUCACCGACUCAGAAACAUUUCUAACGGCCUAUUGAAGACGAACCGAUCGACCCCCUUUUCGAUUUCUACUCUGAGUCUACUUGCUAUACACAGGUCUCGUGGUGGUGUGUGUAACCUUGCUAUCUGCAACAGUUAAUGGGGAUUUCUACGCAAAUAAACUGCAGGUACUAGUAAACUGUCCAUUACUACUCACCUUAAAAUAAAAGUGUCUGUUGAAAAAUACUGACGCCUCAUCUCGUGAUAAAUGUGGUUUGGGGAGUAGACUUGCGAGAAGAUGGUAAACGAAAGCACAAUAAUGAAAUGUUUACCGAAGUGUCCAGACUGCUAGUUGGUGGAAGAGGCAGGCCGCAGUGAAAAGUUUGUCCAGUGUUAGGAACACCACGUACGCAUAUUCUCUGCCCGGUCGAGCGAUUCCCUGUAUCUAAACUUAGUUGCGAGAUAGAUUUACAUUCGAUUAGGGACGUAAAAUCGUAGCUCAACUUCUUUAAUUAAUGAACCGCAUGGAUAACAGGUAUCGCCUAGAUGCAAGAGAAUUUGCUGCAAAAGUUACUUUGCGACAAUUCAAGUAAAAUGAAGCACGAGUUCUCACCAGAACGCGCAUAGGCUGAAAUUAAUGCAGGCAUAUUAUGUUUGGUAGUCUCGAGUUAAACUGACCAGCAACCUAACAGUCUUGGCCGGCUAUUAUCCGUCUUCAAAAGUAAGCGUAGUAAUUCAUACGAAACGUCUGGGAACUAUUUCUGCUACUCAUUGAACAAUCCGUUUCUUCUUUUUCCUAUUCUUCAUUAGAUGUUUUACAUGUACACUUGAGAAAUUAGGAUUUAACAGCAGGCUUGUUUUAUGCCUGAUGUCACCUCCGUUGGUAACAUCUGCUCCUUUUAAUCAGUGACUGUCAUAAAUUGUCUAACCCCAACUGCUAUUGUCAAUGGCCAACGAAUUACAUGAGGCGUAAUUAAAGACCAUGCAGAAAAUACGCUUAUUCAAAUGGACGGAGGUUUAAAUCGAAGGAGCUAGUCGGAGUCGACAUCGAAUGUGCUAUUUCCAAGGCCGUAAAAGGAAUGCAUGAUGAAAGAUCGUCGGCGGCGAUAGCAGAAGGCUAAAAAUCAUUGAGUUUACUUACAAAUAUUGAAGGCAAAAAAGGAGGGAUGCAUCAACGAACUGAACGAAUUUAAUGGACGUGACCGCUCAUCGAAGAAGGAUUCAGGGGCAGAAAAUACGUGGAUUGGCAACUGACAAGAGACUGUCUUCUUUUCAAAAUUUCCCACGCUGAUUGGUUGACACUCCGUGAAUUCAAAGGGCGUUUCCUUGAGUGAGUGAUGCCUGCGUAAGCUGGGAAACGUGUAAGUCGUCAGGAAAUUUGACUCGGAAACCAGAAAAACCGUGGUAAAUGGUGAGACAGGAAAGGAACUCACAUGUGUUUGCGGUCGUGCCAGUACCAUGAGCUUUACAACAAAUAACAAUCCGACGGGACAAGCGUUCAGUUCAGUUCAGCCUAUAUGUUCUUGAGGAAAGUAGGCGUGAACCGUUAAGUACCCCCAUUUGCAACGUAAAGUGGAGGCAGUCUAAACAUAAACUAUUAUGGGACGAGGGUCUUAGGGGAUAGGCUAGCGUCUGUCAGACAAGCGCAUAAAUGCAGGUCAAUGCACAGCCGGUAAGAAGCAGACUUGGACACGAAGGUUUGAUGAUGUUGCUACUUCUGCUGCUGCUGCUGCUGCUGCUGCUGCUGCUGCUGAUGAUGAUGAUGAUGAUGAUGAUGAUGAGUCGGCUGACGAAAACCGGCAAUUCAUAAAUGUGUGGUGAUUAAGCCAUCAUUUUGCAUGUGGCGAUGGCCGUCAACGAAUCAUAGGGACAGAAUGGAAACACAGGUGGUGGUGGUGGUGGUGGUGAUGGUGGUGGUGGUGGUGGUGGUGGUGGUGGUGGUGGUGGUGGCUCUGGUGGUGGUGGUGGUGGUGGCGGCGGCGCUGGUAGUGGUGGCUUUGGUGGUUGUGUUGGUGGUGACAACGACGAAAACGACGAUAACGACGCCAAUGAUGAUGAUGAUGACGAUGAUGGAUACGUUGAUGAAGACCGACAGUUCAUGUUAGGGUGGUGA